UUAAAAAAUGUACAUCAACUUUACUUUUUGUUUUAGCAUAGGCCUAUUAUAAUAGGACACCCAUGAAAGGCUAGAACAAAAAAAGGAUGUAGUUGCCUAGUUUGAAGUUCGUUUUUUUAGUUAAUCAAAUACCGAAUUUUGUAGAUCGAGCAUCUUAACCAGAAAAUCACAUCCUCUGCUCAUUUCUUAGUGCUUCAUGUUUGAACCCUCUCAUGCAUGGAAGCUAAAAAGGAAGCAAGGACUCUCAAUUUUUUAAUCUCUUUGUUAUAAAAAAAAAAAAAAAAAAAAAAAAAAGAAUCAAAAUAUGGAGCAAUCGAAACAAUAUUUCUUCCUUUCAAUAAUUUAUUAAAGUUUUAGGAAGUACAAUUACCCUGCACUUUCUCUUGAUGCGUUGAGUCCAAGGUCAAUGUAAUUCAAAAAAAUAGUAAAGAAAUAAGAAAUCAAAACAAAAACUAAUUCAAUAUUAGCGUGAGUUAAAUUGCCAUGUUCAAACACUUUACCGACACUUGCACCUUUGGUCCUUACAGGCUAACAUGGCUCCGAGUCUCCUCUUUGUUCUGCAAAUCAUCCUUGUGGUUCUGAGUUUUAAGUCAAUCGUAUGCGAUUCAGAUGGCAUACUCUCAUGUGAAAGUUCAACCAUCGACGAAUACAAAUGUAUCUGGGAAGCGCCUUCAAAUAGCCAACAUUUAACUUACAGCAUCACAUCAACAAGCAAUUAUGGGCUUCGUUCUUCAUACACACCAAUUAAGGAGGAAAUCAAAGGAAAUCGAACAAUAUAUUAUUUUGAUUCUGAUGAGCCUAAUGGAGGGCAUUACAACACGCAGACUAUAUCGGUAUACAGCACGGAUGCAGCAGGAACGAAAGUGCUCGUCUCUGAUUUGUUGGAGUUCACUCCUUAUACACAAGCCAUACCAAAUACAGUUACGAACGUGGAGUUUAAUGUCUCCGAAACGAGUAUAGAUGUGACAUGGCAGAAACCCUUUGAACUUGCGAGCAAAAACAAACAAUCGAACAGCCGAAAACUGUUGUACAAAUUACACUAUUGGAAUCAACGAGUCAAUGAAACAACAGAGAUGGUUGAUGAGCAACAGUACACCAUUAGAGGUUUGGAACCCCACACUACCUACAGUAUCAGCUUAGCCUGCCGCUUCAAACUAGUCCUAUUCGAUGAUAAAGCCAAGUGGGGUAAACCGACAUUAAAGACUGUUACAACAACUGGUUUUACAGUUUUAAAAGAAUUUUCGCAGUGGCUUUAUGUUUCAAUCGGCGUUAUUGGUGGAAUGGCCCUCGUCAUUAUGUCAAUUUUGUUUGUCGUUCAAACCAAGAGGAAGUGUUACAAUCUUGACUUGAAUACGAGCUCUGAAGUUCUCUCGUAUGUCCGUAAAUGGGAGAAUUUGACGUACGCGCCGGCCAAAAUAGACGAGGAGCAGUACAACGAAUUACGACAUCCACAGUCUACACAUCUUCAAGCUGUCUCCCACCAAGUGGCUCAUCCUGAAUUAUCAUCUGUUCCCGAUAUCACAGCUGUACAGGAACCAUAUGAGCAUGCCCCCUUCCAGAAUGGAGACGCGAUCAAAGCAGUUGACGUCAAGCGAGUUCCAACACACACUGAAGACCGAAUGUCAGACUCAUUCUCCCAACAAUAUUCGUACGUGAAACUAAACAUGACCAGUGGUGGCUUUACACUGCUAGAGGAGGGUUGUCAGACACAAGGUGUCACAUCUAUUGACUCACUUGGUGGGGGAGAGGGAAAAAGAAAUGCCAAUAAGUCUAAGAAUCAGAUAGAUGAUAAAAUUAAUUAUGAAGAGAAAGUUAAAAAUGGGUACGUCCCAAUCGACCAUGUUACUUUGUAACAAUAACUUAAAAAAAUGAUCUUAUAUCGCAUUAUCAGGCUUACUGCGCGCUACAGAGACAAUUGUCAGGGUGACUGUAUUUUUUUUACUACGCGGACAUAAAUAUGAAGUUACCACGAGGAAAUGACCUGAUAAAUAAUCUUAAUCCAGUCGCAUGCACUCAAUAUCGUAUACAAUUUUACUGUACAUAUAACUCAUAAGUAAGAAGUUUAUUUUAGUUGUAAUUAUGAUUAUAAAAUACUUGUCUUAUAAGCGUGCUAAAUGUUUAAAAAACUGCCAAAUAAUUUUAUAUAUUUAAAUUUUGCCGAUAUGCCGUCGACAUUGCUGUUUGUAGCCAUGCCAAUGAUAAUUAUUUCCUAUUGCUGAUCAGGGGUUGCGCCAGGAUUUGCCCGACGGGUGGUGGGGGUGGGGCGAUUUUCCCGACAAGGGAGCCGACUAGGGUUCAGAUUUUCCCGACGAAGUGGGUGCGGUCGAGCUUCGAUUAAAAGGUUUCGAAAGUGGACCCCGAAAAUUUUGAUAAUUUAGGGGUUUAAAAGGCUUAUUUAAUCGAUUUUAUAGUCUACUAAUAUAUAAAAAAUACAUAUAAUUUUUUUCUCCCCGGCGAAUUGUGCUUUAUCUCCCCGACGGAGGGGAGGGGGGGGGGCGCUGGCGCCACCCCUGUUGCUGAUCAAUUUGUAAAUAAAUAAUGUUCAACCGUUCUCUUUAAAAAAGAACAGUAUAAUCCCCUUAACAACUAGUAAAGCAAUGAUAGUAAAGGUCAAAUUUUUUAAAUACAAGGGUCUCGACAUUAUCGUUA